UUCUCAAAUCUAUAUAUCUACCGGUCCGUCCUCUGUCUUCAUCUUCCACUCCGAUCACGUUUACUUUUCCUCUCCAUUUAUAAUUACGAACAAGGAUUGGAAUUUUUGGUGGAUCCUAUAAUGGCUUUGCAGAGCCUUGCGAAUCAUCAUCCUUUCCUCACGAAAUCUGUGUUGCCAUCUUCGUUUUUGUCCAAAUGCGACAACGUUAACCAGUUGGGAGUCGCUCGAGUUGGGACGCAGGGUAGGAGCGCCAGAAGAGGGCGUAGGGAUGCUCUGGAACUCGUCGUGUGCGCUCUGGACCGUACCAAUGGAAGCAAUAGCAGCAGAGGCGCCAGCGAUGGUGGUAAGAAGGGAGCAGUGCCCAAUUCAAACUAUGUGGUGCCCCUGGACAAGUCGUUUUCCCCGACCAACUCGUCCUGCAUCACUCGCCCUCUCGUCGAGAUCCUUCGUGACCUGAACAAGAGAAUCCCCGACAAUAUCAUCAAGACGAGUUCUCCCCCGCCUCAUGAUGAUCAUGCUGUGCCCACAACCUUCAUCCCCUGGUAUCAUGCCAACCGGAUGUUGAGCUUCUACGCCCCAGGAUGGUGCGGCGAGAUGCGUGAUGUUAUAUUCGCUGAAAAUGGAAGUGUGACUGUGGUUUAUCGUGUCACCAUUCGAGGAUCUGAUGGAGAGGCUCAUCGCGAGUCAACCGGAACAGUAUCACCCAGUGAGGGCCACAUUGUGGAUCCAGUUGCUGCAGCAGAGGAAAUAGCUUUCUGUAGAGCAUGUGCUCGGUUUGGCCUUGGCUUGUAUCUCUAUCACAAAGAAUAGAUAAUACAGACAGCAAGGAGGUCAAUCUUACAAUUAUGCAUCGAGCUUUUGUUUUAACUUGUUGAGAGUUGGACCGUACUGUCUGUCCUUCCAGUUGAUGUAGAUAAAAAGUGGUAAUCGAGAAGUUGCAGAUUAUGUAGACAGUUUGUUUGAAAAACAGAGUUUUUUCAAUAGCUUAUAAAUAAGACAUAUAAAUGUCCAUUUUAUCA